UCCGCCAUAUUGAAAUUUCACCACGAGGUGCUCUGGUGAUUUUCGAUCAAAAUUACCCCCCUAAAUAAACCAUUACAACAUACUUGGGAGGGUUAGCGAUGCCCACUAAUUGCCCUUUACCGCCCAAGGAAAAUACCCUCUUCAAGAGGAUUCUGAAAUGUUAUGAACACAAACAGUAUAAAAAUGGGUUGAAGUUUGCCAAGCAGAUCCUCACAAACCCAAAAUUCACUGAACAUGGCGAGACCUUGGCCAUGAAGGGCUUGACCCUGAACUGUCUUGGCCGAAAAGAAGAAGCAUAUGAAUUUGUUAGGAAGGGUUUAAGGAAUGAUCUCCGUAGCCAUGUGUGCUGGCAUGUUUAUGGUCUACUACAGAGGUCUGACAGAAAGUAUGACGAAGCAAUCAAGUGCUACAGAAAUGCCCUCAAAUGGGAUAAGGACAACUUGCAGAUUCUGCGAGACUUGUCCCUCCUCCAGAUUCAGAUGCGAGAUCUUGAAGGCUAUAGGGACACACGGUAUCAGUUGCUUGUGUUACGCCCAGGUCAGCGAGCAUCAUGGAUUGGGUAUGCCAUGUCCUAUCAUUUACUCAAGGAUUAUGAUAUGGCAAUAAAAGUGCUAGAGGAGUACCGGAAGACUCAACAGGUAAAGCCAAACGACUAUGAGCAUAGUGAGUUAUUACUGUACCAAAACAUGGUGCUGCGGGAGGCAGGUACGCUGGAAGAAGCCCUCAACCAUCUUCGAGAGUUUGAGGAGCAUAUUGUUGAUAAGCUGGCUGUCAGUGAAAUUCAAGCUCAAAUUCUUCAAGCCCUCGGACGCCAUGAGGAAGCUGCUAGUCUUUAUAGGGAAUUGAACCAACGGAAUCCCGAAAACUGGGCGUAUUACAAAGGGAUAGAAGAGAAUGAAAAGCCAAGCACGGAAGAGGUGCGAUUGAAAAUAUAUGAAGAGGCAGGAGAGACGUUUCCUCGAGCUAUGGCUCCGAAGAGGCUACCAUUAAACUUUUCUACUGGUGAUAAUUUUAGGAAAUUAGUUGAUAAAUUGAUGAAAGUUAGUCUACAAAAGGGAGUUCCGCCAUUGUUUAUGAAUAUUAGAGGUUUAUACAAGGACCCCGAGAAGGUCAGAGUUAUAGAAGAAUUAAUUCUUAGCUACAUAGAAAAUUUAGAUACCAGAGGGACUCUGUCUCUGGAUGAUGAUGUGGAGGAUAAAGAACCACCAUCCACUCGACUGUGGACGUGUUAUCUCUUAGCUCAGCAUUAUGAUGCGUUAGGUCAGACGCAGAAGGCCUUAGAUGUGAUAGAUGCACAGAUCGAACAUACGCCAACUCUUAUAGAGCUGCACGUGUUCAGGGGGAAAAUAUUUAAGCAUGCCCAUGAUGUCCACGAGGCUGUGACUUGUCUGGAUGAAGCCCAGUCAUUAGACACGGCGGAUAGGUAUAUUAAUUCUAAAUGUGCCAAGUACAUGCUCAGAGCGAACAUGGCCAAGGAGGCCGAAGAAAUGUGCUCCAAGUUUACUCGGGAAGGGGUGCCAGCCAUGGACAACCUCAAUGAGAUGCAGUGCAUGUGGUUCCAGACGGAAUGUGCUAGAGCAUAUCGGGGAUCUGGAAAAUGGGGGUUGGCACUGAAAAAGUGCCAUGAAAUCGAUAGGCAUUUCUCUGAAAUCAUUGAGGAUCAGUUUGACUUCCACACGUACUGCAUGAGAAAGAUGACGCUGCGUGCAUACGUUGGUCUGCUCAGGUUAGAAGAUGUGCUGCGAUAUCAUCCGUUCUACUUCAAGACAGCAAAAUUAGCCAUAGAUAUGUAUGUACAGUUGUAUGAUCACCCUGUGACUGAAAGCACACAAGCUGAGCAACUAGACACAGAAAACCUAUCGCCAAGUGAAUUGAAAAAGUUGAAAAACAAACAACGACGAGCGCAGAAAAAGGCUGCGAUGGAGAAAGAGCGUCAGAAGGCUGAAGCGGACAAAAAAGAACAAAAUAAACCCAAACCACAAGACCUGGAGCUGGAUGGUCCCAAAGAGGAGGAAUUAGUCCCUGAAAAGUUAGAAAAGUGUGACAACCCAUUAGAUCAAGCUGUUAAGUUUUUGAAGCCACUCCAGUUGCAUGCAUCGGAUAAGAUAGAGACGCAUUGUUUAGCAUUUGAAAUUUAUUAUAGAAAAGGAAAAUUGAUGUUGAUGUUCCAAGCGAUAAGACGAGGUUUUUCAAUAGACCCUACCAAUCCACACUUUCACACGUGCUUAGUCAGGUUCUUGAAAAAGGUGCAGGAAACCAAAGACAUGAACGACGUAUUGAAGACUGUCCUAGAUAAAGAAAUGAAACAGAUCUAUGGUGCAAAAGGUCCUACGACACUCAACCAGGAGUAUAUGGCCGAGUUUUCAAAAUCCAUGCCUGCCACGUUUGCUGGUGCCAAGAUGAUGUAUCUCCUUGACCCAUCCCUGCAUCAAAAGUCUGUAACUUUAGCGACCCAUCUCACGGAUAUGGAAGAUAUUACUGUCCAGUUGUGUGAAGAUAUCUGGAAAUCCCUGAAGAGUGGAGACGAUCUCGGUAAAAUCGACGACGAUGUCCUGGAGUCAUUCAAAGCAGAAAGUCAUAAACGUUAUCCCUAUGCAAACGCCUUCCGGGAGCUGCCGGUGGCUAAUAACAUUGAUGCAGUACCUAACGUCAAUGGAACCGACUCAUAAUUCAGAAAGAAACAAAACAAGAUGUGCUAAGUUGAUUUAAUGCUUUGGGUUUCUGUUGCGCCGAAUGGUGCGACGGGCUCACCUCUUAAGAAUCCCCAGUGACAUUUUCAAGGCAAGCGAUGGGAAAUUCACAUGUUUAGGGAAUUUCAUCUGUGUCAAAAAGAGGUUCAAGUUGCUUGGUCAUUACUGUUCUGAUAAUGUCUGACUGUGCCUCGGAGCAACCGUUGCUGUUUCUGCCAUUGACCGUAAAUAGGAUGCAUAAAACCCAGUAACAUUUGCAGAUUUAGCUCACCGUUGGACACUAUCAUGUGUUUGAAUUUUGAGUAACAUUGUAUGGAACAUUACUAACUGAUUCUCAUUGUUUGCUCCAAGAUGUCGAGAUGUUGAGGGAGAUGUGCAACAUCUCUCAAUGCUUGGAGCUAACUGUAGUGAUUGCCGGUUUCAGUAUGAUUCUCAUGGACACAGUUUUCGUUAAUGGAGACUUCUGGUUUCCAUGAAUACUCCAUGAGUUCUUUGUAUAUACUAGAGGCCAUCGCCAGGUUCUUAUGUUAUGUCACAAGCAAGCAAUAUUACAUGUUGAACGUGAUAACUCAAAUUAAACUUGACUUAUGUGUCCUGAAAGAGUGGUAUUUAUCACAGUGACUUCCCCGACUGUUUUGGCCCAGCAUGUUUUAAAAAGUGCCACGUUCUUAAAAACAUUUUUGAAGAAAAAAAUUUAAAAAUAUUGGCGUCAACACAAAGAGUACGAUAAAAGGCCAGAAGGUCUGAUGUGUUCAAAUCCAGGCAAACACUGCAUCACCUAGUUCUUGCUGUCCACAUACAAGUUAGCCUUGUCACUUAUCUCAACUGUUAGCAUAUCAACUGCUGCUAUUGCCAGCCUGUAAAUCUUCGGGCGUGCCCCAAGGAUUAAAUUACAUGUCCGUUUGAAAGUUCAUUUGUGGGCCACAGUUUUCUGCAUGUUAUUACUGUAAGGAGUUGUAAAACUGCCUGAUCAUGACUGAUGUAGUAGGCGUAUCCUUGUAGCUCUAAAUUGGAGCCCUGCAGAAAGUCUGUGUCCAACUCAGUCAGUGCCACAGCCUGAGCAUUUCUGACCGGUACGCAUUUACACACCAGUGGAGUAAGUGAUGUCAGGCAAAGAGACCUGCUUGGAGUCGCACACCAACAGUGGGGAUCGAACUAGGGAACUCAUGACCGCCAGUACGAUUCUCAAGUCACUACAUCACUGCAGCUUUAACUAUACUUUCAAGAGGCCUGUCAUUGUUAGUCACUAUCACUACUCCUAUUUGCCCGUAGAGCAUUUGUUACAUUAAGUUAUUCCAGUCAUUUAACAUGCUUUAAUUAACUAUGGACUUCAUGUGUGUGGGGUUCCAAUAUCUAUCAUAAGAAUGUGUGCUGUUGCAUCAAAUCAUGCUCAUCAUGUAGAAAAUUUGGGUUUGAACCUAUUGUUUUUUUUGAAAACUGCAUCAGUAUUCAUUGAUCAAUUCCAAAAACUUGUACAUAGAAGUUGUUUGUGCAUCCUAAAUCCAUUUGAGAGAUGUGAUUAUUGUGCUAUUUGGGUUCUGGCUGGGAGGGGGGUUAUCAGUGAUCCCAGCGUAUAAGAGCCUGGUAAUGUAUAACCUAAGCUUGGGGUACACGUUGCUGACUUGCUCUACGAAGGUACAUUUCCACACCUGAUAAGUGAGAAUGUCAUUUCCCAGUUGACUUAGCUUCGCAGUCCCAUUCUGCAUGACCUUUUUACCCACCUUUGUAUACUGCUUUGAAAAAUUACCGCCAACCAAAUGAAAUUGCAUACCAUGAGGGCAAACUAUUCACAUAUUCCUAGAAAUUAAGUUGAUUUGGGAAUAAAUGAAUAAACUUCUAGUGGUCUCCCUGUUUUGGAAGCCACUUUUUGGGGCAAUGGGGUCAACCUUCUCUGAAAACCAAAGGUAUGAAAAUCAGAUUUUCUGGGUUUGUUUUGCAGCUUCAGUAAUCUCAAGCGGUCUUGCUGAUUAGACAAACAAGGACUGCCAGUUCGGCAUCAGUUCCUUUAAGUUAAACCAUGUGAACCAUUGUCCAAUAACUGCGGUCAUACUUGAGACAAUGAUCCUGUGCUACUUUUGGUCUAGAUUGUGUAGAAUAUCAUCUUGAAUCAUCAAGGUCUCUGGUCGUAUUCGCCUCUUGGUCUCUCUCCAUCCUGGAAUGAGUGAGGCGAAGUGACCAUAGCCCUUGAUUGGUCAAGAUGCUGAAUUGUAUUCAAGAGUGUUAACUACAGUAUGUCACGAAAAAGUUGAUUAGUAUUAUAGUAGUUGCAUGUCAAGCACUGACAUGGACACAUUAGGGAAGUUUUAUAUGAAAUUAAGGAGGAGACCAGUAGGAUUAUUGCUUGCUCAGAAAUUAUCAGUCCUCAAAUGAAGUUGUUCUUUUGAGAGUUGUAUUUUCAUUGAAUGCUCUUCUUUUUCGUGACAUACUGUCUUCUCUAUCCUAUGUGGUCUUAACACUGGUUUUGUGCGAGGACCAUGACUUUUCUCCCAAGGAUCAUCCCCGCUAGACUCCUUACCAGAGGUACUAGGUACAUAUCAAUCAUGUUGGUGACUAGAGGCAGCCGGCAGACAAGUGGGAUGUCAAAGAGGAAUUGUAAAAAGAAAGAAACUUAGUACAUGUACAUUUAGAAGUCUGGGGUCAUUUUGUUUUGACAAAGUUUUUUGAAAACCCGUGUUUUUUCUUCUAAUUCAAUAACCUUCUGAUUGAAGAAAAAUGUUUUGGGUUUAAGUUGUCAGCCAAAUGAAUGAUAUUGGUCUAGAAUUUCAUGAAAACAGAGAAUCAUGAAUUAAUGAUAAUAAUAUGCUCAUGAGGGUUAUCCCUUAUUGCGUCCCAAAAGGGCUGGGCUGAUUAUUUUCACUGGUAGGCCACAAUCAGAUUCUAGUUUGGUGAACUCUACAAUAUACGGUAAAAUAGUGUAAAACACCACCACUCAUUUUUUCGACAGAUUGUAAAGUAUGGGGAUGUAAAAGAGAAGUGUAGUUUAGUAAUUAUUACAAUUAAAAUGAGGGUUUUUA